AUGACUGAUUUUCAUAUGUUAACAUUAGAACAAUAUCUUACAGAAGACAUUGGCGUACCUAUUGAUGAAUAUACAAAAAAGGUAUUGUAUGCUACACUUCAGGAAAUCAUGCAAUCUCGAGCAGAUUAUUUGCACACAUGUGAAAUCCGUGAAAAAACCAAUGAUGAUAUCAAUAAACGAAUAUCGAAAUAUGUUGAUUAUUUUACUACUGUUAGAAACGAAAUAAGUAUUAUACAAAUAAUCAAACAAGAUUUUACUUUCUCAUUUCCACUUAAGAGCGAACACCUUUUAGAAUACUUCAAUAAAAUAAUAGAAUGCACAAUAGGGAAAGAUUUUAUUAUUCCUAAAAUUGUGGCAAAUUCAUUUUUUUCAGAAUACAGUUUAAUUACACCAAAAACUAUUGAAGAAUCAGUAGCCUACGCGUACGCUCAGUUUUCAAUCAGUGAUCAUUUGAUUGAUGGUCUUAAUAAAGCUAUUGAUUCACUUUACAAAAUUGUUCAAUUUGAUCAAAAGAUAAAAUCAUUUUCACAUCCAUCAAUCAAUAUCGAAUUCGAUCCAAUCAACAACAAAGCAUUUCCACCUCUUACAGAUAAAGAAAUUCCAAUAAGUUACAUCACAACAUUGAUGUCUUUCAAAAUCUUCGAAAUGUCAAAAGAAAUCAUUUCAAACAACAAUUAUUGGAAGAUUGAUGAUGCAGAAAAUCAAUUAGAAAUAUGCGUCAGAAUCAUUAACAGUUGCUACAAUGAUGAAUCGAUUAAUUCCAUAGUUAUUCCAAGUGUUUUAAGGGCAAUUGUUGUUUAUUUACACAUUUAUUCAUUUAGAGAUAUCAAUAGUCAAUCAAAUACAAUUUUACUUGAUAGAUUGAUACAAACACUUAUAUCAUGUGAAGCAUUUAUUGAUGUUGAAAGUGUUAAAGAAUCAUUUUCAUUGAUGGUUAAAUUAGUUCCAAGAGAUAUUUAUUCUGUUGAUUUUUGCACAAAAAUUUUGACAAAAAUUCCACCAAUGAAGCUUGAUGAAAAGAAUCCACAAUAUGUCUAUUUUGCUAUUUAUUCACAAGAUAAAUUAACAGACAAUGGCAUUAUUUCAUGCAUCAAAUACAUUUCUUUUCUCAACUUUUUGUUCGGAGUUGAUAAAUCUCUUGUUCAUUUCAUUUCCAAUGUUUUCGCUGCAUUAAAAGAUUCACAUAAUAUCGUCAUCUUGAAGGCAUUGAUUGAAGAAAUGUCAUGCAUUGCAAAUGCACCUUAUAUGGCCAUGGAAUUAAUUGAUCAAGCAAGAAUCAAUUAUGAUCUUUUGAAUGAAAUGUUUGAGAAAAAUCAAAAAUCAUUUUCUCUUUAUUUGACAUGUUUCAUAUCAAAAAUGAUCGAUAAUUUUUUCGCAACAGAUGAUUUCAUUCCAAUUUCACAACAAAUUCUUCCAUUUUGCGAAUUUUCCCUCAAGAACAAAGAACAAUUUGUAAAUAUCGAAGAAGCAAAAAUUCCAAAUUUAAUUUCAAAUAUUUAUGCAUCAAAACUUGAUGAAAAAGUCAUGAAAUAA